AUGGAUUUUACAGUCCCACAUUUGUUGAUUCUUCUCACAUUCAUCCUUCUUGUGCAUGCUCAAACCCUCCAAGCCUUAGACUCUUCCACGACAAUCCCCAUGAAUUGUACGGACACAUCAAGACGAUGCACCUCUUUUUUGGCUUUUAAGCCACAAGACAACCAAACUCUAUCAGUGAUCCAGAGCAUGUUUGAUGUGUUACCACAAGACAUAACAGUUGAAGAAGAGGACGGCCGUGGCUACAUGUUCGUAAAAAAGAACUGUUCUUGCUUAUCAACAACCAAGAAUUAUGCAACAAAUACAACUUUUACAGUGAGAUCAAACGAAGGGUAUGUUAAUGACAUGAUUUUAGAGGCUUAUGAUGGGCUUGCAAUGGUUCCAAAUGUUAGCAGGCAGGCAAGGGUUGGAGCUGUGGUGUCUUUGAGGCUGUUUUGUGGGUGUUCAAGUGGGCUGUGGAACUACUUGAUGAGUUAUGUGAUGAAAGAUGGGGAUAGUGUGCAAUCUUUAGCAAGUAGAUUUGGGGUUAGCAUGGAUAGUAUUGAACAAGUCAAUGGGAUUGUAAAUCCUGAUAAUUUCACUGUUGGUGCCCUGUACUAUAUUCCAUUGAAUUCAGUUCCUGGUGAACCAUAUCAUGUAGAGAAUGACAUUACCCCUGCACCUGUUCCUGCACCAUCUGCUGAAACAAUUCCAGAAAUUCAAGUAAAUCAUAAAACUCAUGUGCCAUAUGGAUGGAUCAUUGGGGGUUUGGGUGUUGGACUCGCCCUCAUUAUAGUAAGCAUGGUUGUUUGUGUUUCCUUGAGGUCAUCAAGCUGCUUUGGUGAAGCUCAAGGAAGUCUUGCAAAAAAUCCUGAUGACAAGAGCUCUCAUAAGUUUCACAUUCUUCAGAAGCCAAGUUUCUGUUGUGGUUCAGGAAGAUACAUUUGCGGCAAGUCAGGAAAUUGGAACCAAACUAAUGGUGAACCUAGUAACCUCCAGAUUACUAUUCCCAAAGCUCUAGGAACUGAUGUACUUGAUGUUGAGAAGCCUGUGGUUUUCACUUAUGAAGAGAUUCUUUUUUCGACUGAUGGGUUCUCUGAUUCUAAUCUUCUUGGUCAUGGAAUCUAUGGUUCUGUGUAUUUUGGUCUCCUCCAUGACCAGGAAGUUGCUAUCAAAAGAAUGACUGCCACAAAGACAAAGGAAUUUAUGGCAGAGAUGAAAGUGUUGUGUAAGGUUCAUCAUGCAAAUCUGGUAGAGUUGAUUGGCUAUGCUGCAAGUGAUAAUGAGUUCUUCCUUAUUUAUGAAUAUGCUCAAAAGGGUUCCCUUAGAAGCCAUUUACAUGAUCCACAGAACAAAGGUCAUUCACCACUUUCUUGGAUAAUGAGGGUUCAGAUUGCACUUGAUGCUGCUAGAGGCCUGGAGUACAUCCAUGAGCAUACUAAAACUCAUUAUGUUCAUCGAGAUAUCAAGUCGAGUAACAUCUUGCUUGAUAGUUCUUUCAGGGCAAAGAUUUCAGAUUUUGGGUUGUCAAAACUUGUUGGAAAAACAAAUGAUGAAGAAGCAACUGCAACAAAAGUUGUUGGUACAUUUGGUUAUUUGGCACCAGAAUAUUUGAGUGAUGGACUUGCCUCAUCAAAAAGUGAUGUGUAUGCAUUUGGUGUUGUUCUGUUCGAAAUUAUAUCUGGGAAGGAGGCCAUCAUUCGAACUGAAGGCAGUGCGAUGAAAAAUACUGAGAGACGUUCUCUGGCAUCUAUUAUGUUAGCAGCUCUUCGUAACACACCGGAUUCAAUGAGCAUGUCAAACAUGAAAGAUUAUAUUGAUGCAAAUAUGCUUGGUCUAUAUCCCCAUGAUUGUAUCUUCAAGAUGGCUAUGCUGGCAAAGCAAUGCGUCGACGAGGAUCCUAUUGUACGCCCUGACAUGAAACAAGUUGUGAUUAACUUGUCACAGAUCCUUUUGUCCUCCGUGGAGUGGGAAGCGACUCUUGCUGGGAACAGCCAAGUAUUUAGUGGUUUGGUCCAAGGAAGAUAGUUAUGAAGCAGACAUCCUCUCUAUAUACUUUUCCUUAUAUUGCAGUAUUGCCCCACUUUCCGCCCCCACUGAUUUUUAUAGUUAAUGUGUGCAUAGCAGCAAUGAUAUUCCAGAAAAGCAGUAAUAUGGUAGUCCUUUUAUAUCAUUCCGUUUUUUGUCUCCUUCCUGUUCUAUAUGCUAUAUUCUUUGAAAGCUUUAACUUGCGUGAAAAAAUUUUGAUGUAAAAUGCCGUGAUAUAGUAAAAGAUUCGGCUACUUUACAACAAGCAUAAUGAGUGGCUUGCUUAGAUGUCAUUUUCAUUCUCCAUUCGUCUCAUUUACACGAAGCUAAAAUGAGCUUGUCUCCAAGCAGCUAGGAAGCAUCAU